AUGCAAACGAAUACGGACAAGUCUUGUGUGAUUCCGAAUACAACCGAGAAAACUGCAACAACAACAACCGUUCUGAAAAUUCCCAAACAAUCUUCGAAACCAAGAAUAUUUUUGCUUACCAGGCCUGCAAAGUUGCCACUGGUUCGGAAGAUUAUACCCCAAACAGUGGAAGCCCACCAGAACGGGUUGAAUCCGGAGUUACCCCACCCCCUAGAAACGACGAAGAAGAAACCCCAAGAAAUAAAAAUAAUCAAAAUCGAGAAGGUGCAUCAUCAGCCUCACCAACCCUUGAAGCUGGAAAGUAUUCGGAAAUUACCAGAGAACCUGGUUGCGAUCCGCCAGCAGCAGCAACAGCACCAACAACAUAUAUUGAACUCAUACAAGAGCAAGUCUCAAGAUUCUUCAGUACUCCUAGAGGAGAACCAGAAGUCUAUAAUACAAUCACUACCGCGUCAAAGCGUCAAGUCUACGACAGCAACAACAACAACAAGAAUACAAGAAAACAAUACAGUCCAACAAGCCGCCUAUUUGAACAAGUCGGCCGCCCAAACGAAUCGACAAGUGGUAAUCGGCAAGAAGCCAUCGACAUUGGCAUCGAUGGCCGGCAUAGAGUUGACAGGUGCCGAUAUGUCCCCUACAGCAGCGGAUAUGAGUGGAGCAAUGCCGCCUACUGCUACAGUUGAAGAGAUAAAUGUUCCGGUAUUCAUAGAUGAAUACCUACAAGAAGCCGCAAUAUCGAAUUUGUCUGCAACAUCAGGAACAUCAGUUACAACGCAAAAUAUUAAUAACAACAGCAACAACAACUAUAAUAACUAUCACAACAACAACAACGGUGUUGAUGAACCCUUUGAUGGACAGUUUGAAUUCAAUAUUGAACUGUUGACGGAAACUACAAACAAGGAUCAGGAUAAAGAGAAUUUGUUGGGGCAGGCUUGUCAGGAGCCAGCACCACAAUCACAACAACAACCAGAACAACAACAACAUCAAGAUAUUCAAAAUUUAAAUUAUGAUGAAUUCGAUAUGAUGGAUCCCAUCGAUCCAAUAAUGGACAAUGCCAUCGAUAUACCGCUAUUCAAUAAUGAGGAAUGUACCCUGCUAGAGGAUCUUUCACAAAAUGCUGCUGCAAACAACAGCCAAUCAAUUUUCAAUUUUGACGAUCCUAUGUUCUCCAAUGCCUCUUCGGUCUUCACAUCAUCUCAACCUUUCCAACUGGCCAGAAGUUCUUCUUCAAUUGCCGAAGAAAUUAAGAAAGCCGAACCGUAUGUAUCACCACCACCCAACCCAAAUGAAUAUUGGAUAUUGGAAACACCGGCAACAUCAUCGUCGUCGGCAAUGGCCGCCGCCAAUGAAACUAAUUCGUCGGCCUAUAUAUUCCUUGACGAUGCCGAUUUGGGCAGUAUGAUGCAGGAGAACAGUCUGAAACGUCCACAGAGCUCACAAACACAACAACACAUGCGGGAGAAACGGGAAAAAUUACAUUUGGAUACGAAACGUCGCAGAGAGUCAGCUGCCGAGGAUAUGGUGCUGGAUACGCCAGGCGUUGUCAAACUACUUGAUGAUAUGGCCAUUCCAGUAUGCCUUAAGACCGAAGAAACAUCUAAAGAUAUUUUCAACAACCUAAUUGCCUGCUCUCCCCACGAUUCAUCGUCAUCCUCCUCCAAUAUCAUAGAUAACAUUAAAACUGAAAUAAAUUUGGAUUACAAUUCCAAUGACAUUACACCACCCUACACCCCGUAUAGCGUCAAUUCUUCCAAUUCAAAUCACACCAACUUCUCCGGCAUUAUUAAUAUCCUACAACAGCCACAUUCUCCUGCCCUUUCGGUUGCUACAACAAGUACCACCACCACCAAACGUGGACGUGGUCGUCCAGCUAAGGUACACAGUGAUAUGCCCGACCUAUCGCAAUUGGCACGACUGCCCGAAAGUGAACAGAAGAAGAUAUUGGAGCGGGCCAAAAACAAUGAGGCCAGCCGUAAGUCACGUCUUAAGAACAAGGAACGUGAAGAGGCCCUUGAAAGGGAGGAACGUGUAUUGAUGCAGCGCCACCACCAAUUGAAUGAGGAAUUGCAGGAAUUGCUGUGUAUGGAAAAGAAAUUCAAAAGGGCUUGCAAACGUAAUCGGAAAUAA